AUGGUGGUUCCAGUCCCAACAACCUCUUCUUCUUCAACUCCUCACCAGGUGCUCGGCGGCAUUUAUUUAGACACUGCCUCCCGCUCACCCUCCUCAGGGCUGUCUCUGUCCUCUUCCCCCCUAGAGCCCGCAGCCCCGAGCCCCCCGACAUCGACGUCCGCUUACAGCGUACCGCUGAGGGAGCCGCUGGAUUUGCACCGCUUUUAUUCCUACCCGCCUCAUAUUCCGCACGACCCCCCAGACACAAGGCCAGGCCCACUGCCGCCACUGCAAGACCUUGUAUUGUCACCCAUUGAGUCUCCAAACAUGACUACGGUACUUAGCCCUAAUGCCCUCCCCCCUCCGGAGAAUGCACCGCGCAUGUCUAUGACCUCACGGGAAUGGGUCAUUCCUCCCCGCCCAAAGCCGGGCCGGAAGCCUGCGACGGACACACCACCCACCAAGAGAAAAGCACAGAACCGAGCGGCUCAGCGCGCUUUCCGUGAGCGACGAGCCGCCCGAGUCGGCGAGCUUGAGGAACAGUUGGAUGCACAGAAGGCCGAGUACGACAAGGAUGAGGCUGCUUUGAAGGAAAAGAUCCGAACUCUCGAGUUGGAAUUGCAGUCGUUCCGCUCGCGAUGUUUGCUUCUGGAAAAUAUGCUUGAGCGUGAGAGGAAGGAGAGGAUCCGUGCAGAGACGGAGUUGGAGGCUCAGAAAAGACGACCCAGUGAGAGUUAUUCUAGACGGGAGAGUACCGUAGGCCAACCUAACAUUUUGCCACCCAUCAGCCAGCGACGGAGUCUGCCAAACCAUCCGGUUGACCAUCCAGAGUCUGUGUUACCAUCCCUAGAGGAUGCCGACCAUUCGCUCAACUGCGGGAACUGUUCUCCUAGCGGUUGCGUUUGUGCCGAGGAGGCUUUGGCCUCUGUCAACUCAGCUCUGAGCCAGGGCCGGUUGACGAAGCGUGCUGCUUCGCCUUCCGGCUCUCUGUCAAGCGAGAAGAGACAUCGACCCAACCCAAUCACAUCAUCCUUUUCUGCCCGGCAGGAUGAUCAUAUGCGACACCCCGAGAAUGAUCUCAAGGAUGGCUGCGGAUUUUGCAAGGAAGGCACAUACUGUGUCUGUGCCGAUACAGCAGCCAUGGCAACACCAGCAAUGACGCCAACCGCUGAUACCCUGCCUCCCAUUCUCUCUCAAACCCAAACCCCACCUCCCUCGGAACCUGAUUCUACUUCCCACCUGAUGGUCAUGGAGAUGACGGCCGACGGCGCUGUCAAGCUCCCUCGCAGAAACAACACGCACGCUCGCCUCAAGGCUGCUGAGCCUUCCUCUCGAAGCUGUGGAGCCAACGGGCCCGGCACAUGUGCCCAGUGCCAAGCUGAUCCAAAAUCUGGCCUCUUUUGCCGGCUUAUGUCGGCGAAGUUCAGCCGUGAGCAGGGCGGCAGUGGAGGCUGCUGCGGCGGGAAGGGCGCAGGUGGAGGAUGCUGCAAGUCGGCUCCUCCCAGCCAGCCACAGCCAGAGAAGAUCACCUUACCAAGUCUGCCGAGUCUAGGCUUGAGCUGUGCCGAGGCAUACCAAACCCUGUCCAGCCACCGCCAUUUCGACAAGGCCUCAGAUGACAUUGGAUCGUGGCUCCCCAAGUUGAGGACUACAGCAAUGGACGAUAGGAAGACGCACAAGCGGAAGGAUGUCGAGGUUGAGGCUGCCAGCAUAAUGAGCGUGCUGAAGGAUUUUGAUGUUAGAUUUGGCGCAUGA